AGCUUCAAACGAAAGGAUCUCCUCGACCGACAUUAUAACAUCCACUCUGGAGGUAAACAGCCCCCCAACAACAGUCGAAGCCAAAGAGCUUGCGAUCGGUGUUCAAGGUUGAAGACAAGAUGCGACAACAUGGUCCCUUGCACGCGGUGUACUCGAGGAGGCCACGCAUGCACGUACAAGCUGAAAGGCAGUCGCGCCAGAGUUGAUCGAUCACCCAGAGCAUCUAUGGACAGCGGUACAUCUGCUCGAAGUCACGAUAGUCCUAUGCCCUCAGUUGGAACACCUGCAAUGUCGCCUGAACUCCCAGCUUCACUGGACUCAGGAACGCAAUUCGACCUUCAGAACAACUGGAUGGGUAACCUCUGGCUCGAAGAGCCGGCAUGGCAAUGGCCGCUUCCAGAAGACACGUUAGCACCUGCCGAACAAAACUCCAUACGGAUGGCAGCUCCUCAAGCAUACCCAAUGCAGUCAUGGGAAGGCGCUGUCGAUCCUGACUUGACAGGAAGCUACCUUCUGCCUCCAGGGCCUCUUUCCGACUCAGAAUACACUCCUUCCUUGGCGAGUCCUUCGUAUUCGGCAGCAUCGGUGGAGAGUCCUUUGCCUGCUACGAUGUCCAUGGCACCUACUCGGUAUGUUUCCUGUCUGUCGACCAGCGAGUACGAUCAGCUACUGCUUUGGAUAUCAGCAGACGCUAUCCUUAAGACGCAGUCUAGCAUUCACGUCUCCGUGUCCGCAAACAGCUACUGCCUGUUCGCGAUGAGUGGGCUCUCAGAAGACGAGCACAGCCUCUCAAAUCAAGAAUUCGACGAAUUGGUCAAUUUGAGCUUCGGGAAUGGGGCAGGCAACAUCGAUUCAAUUGAUCCAUCAGCGAAUGGCAGUGGAACCGCGCCCCCAAUCAGCGAAAGUGGUGAGCUCACUUCCCCACCACGACAUCGACUCCGGUCAGGAUCGCCGCUCAGCAAACCCCCGCCUCCUAUAAACCAAAAUGACGAGCUACAUUUCUCGCUGUCGCCGCUCGGCGACAGAAAGGACUCGGCGGCAACCCUUCUGCACGCACCAGACAAGACUAGACUCUCCGCCUUCUUCGAGCAAACAGUAGCUUUCAACCCAAACAACAAAAUCCUGCUUGGCCAACCAGUCUGCGCAGACGACAGACAGACAAGAUACGAGUUCAUGCUCAUCUUGGUACAUUACGACAAUGACCAGCUCCUACUUCGCUCGAUCGCUAGGGCACAAAACGGCACGAAAUCAGUCACCACCGAAAUCCUCGGCUUCCGUCUCUGGAAAUGCGUGUGCGAAAUCGAAGACCAUAUUGGUAUUACACCUCACGACAUGUUUAGUGCCUGCAAAGACGCGGCGCACUCCUAUCACAGAGAUAGGGCGACGCUCAAAUUCCCGACUGAGCGGCAGAAAGAUGAUAUCAAGAAAAUGUUGGCCUCGGGACAAGGUUUGAGUGAUUGUUCUGGUAUCGAGACGAGGAAGCAGAAUUGGCUAAAAAGCAAGGCUCAAACGCUUCGUGACCUUAAUGACUCGCAAGCUGGGUCGGCACCGCCCACGGCCGGAGAUCUUUCAUCCUAG